AUGCGCUGUAGCGUUUGUGAUUAUUCACAAGACGCUGAUAUUGGGGAUCAGCGAGUUUCUCGCACGGAGUUCAAACCUUGGGGCUGUCAUUUGCAAGAAAAUCCUUCACCAGAUUUGAAGUUUGAUGCAACUAUUCACCGUCGUGAAAAACAAGUAUGCCCAGAAUGCAAAAAUAUAAUUCAGCUACUUGAAUUACACACUCGACAUCAAGAUAGCUUUCAUUGA